AGCAGCUCAUGUAUCGGCAGACAUUUCAGGAGCAGGUGAAACUAUCUGAGGUAGGAAAUGCAAAUGAGGUGCAGGUACAGCAGCUUUAUAUUCUCACUGUAUCGCACGCUUUCAAUCUUCAGCACCAUUUGCAUUCAAGACCAGAAACAAAGACAUUUCCUCAUGACUUGAGCUGUGAGACUCGGCCCCAAAUCAUGACAAUGAGCUUCUUUGGAAAACUGAAGAAUCUACACAGUGGACCUCCAGCUCCCCCAAGAAGGACAGAUAACAAUCCAGGCUUUGGGUGGCCACAGGAUGAAUUUGACGAUGAGGAAGGUGACAUGUAUGAAGUACCUCCCUGUGAGCGUCCAGCUGUGAAAGUCCCACAGAGACAAGUGGAAGAGAACAUUUAUCUGGAGCGGACGCCCAGUCCUGCUGUUCCACAGAGACAAGCUGCUCCUCCACCCAGACCAAGCAAAGCGUCGGUAACAACAGCUCAGUGUCCUGGCCAAAAUCCUCUACAAUGUGAUGAUUUCUACUAUGAUCCCAACACCAAGAAACCACCUGAGAUAGACAGAAAUGACAAGCCUGGGAGAAAGGAGAUGAUGCCUCCUCCUGUAAUCCGUCCUGCUCCUGUUCCGAUCCCUGCAGCCAUAGAGGAAGAUGUUUAUCUGGAUCCAAAUGAGGAACAGGAAGACAGCGAUGACCUUUAUUUAGAACCAUCAGCAGCUUGCCCUCCUGCCCCACGUGGACCAAUGAGGAUGCCUCUGUCUCCAAAGAUACCACUUGUACCUGCUUCCAUACCCAUGAUGAAGCCUCCAGUUCCCCGAGCGAAGUCUAAUUCAGUCCUGCCUUCCCUGAAUGAGAUAAAAACAGUUCCCCCGGUUGAAGAAAGACGAGCCACUUUUCCUACCAAACUCCCUCCACCGACUCCCAGUGUGAAGCCGCCUCUGCCGGCGAUCCUGAAGGAAGCUAAACCCAGGCAAGCAGUUAGCAAUACAAUGAGGAUGGCGAGCCCUCAAAAGCCUCCUAUGACAGAGCCAAAGCCUGUGGCCUCCUUUGGUGGUAUGAGACCAACCAAACAAUAUGGGAAUGAGGACAAAGAAUGGUUUGCUGGAGAUUGCAGCAGAAAACCAGCUGAGGAACUCUUAAUGAGAAUCAACAAGGACGGUGCCUUCCUCAUUCGACACAGCUCGGCCCAGAGCACCCGUCAGCCGUUUACCCUCGCCGUUCUCUACCAGCAGAAGGUGUACAACAUCCCCAUCCGCUACCUGGAGGACACGCACAGCUACGCCCUUGGAAAGGAGGGCAAGAAGAAUGAAGAGAUUUUCACCAGCCUGGAUGAGAUGAUUUCUUACCACAAGAAUAACCAACUGCUUCUGAUUGACAGCAAGAGCCAGGCCAAGCACACGGUUAAUCUAACUCACCCUGUACGCCCUUAAAACUACACUUCCACUGGCCUCUCUUAAGCCGUGUUCACAUGAGUCAUGCGGAUAAAGUUUCCCUCUUGGAAACACAGUACACUGACAGUGUAUCACUCAUAAAAAGUGUAUUUACAACUCUACGAAAUCCGUCAUACAGCCGAGACACUGUUUUGUUAUAAGCGAGAACAGACAAUGCAAACUUUUAAUGUACCGAAAUAUUGUCAGAGAUGUUGAAAAGCGUUCAUGACUCAUGGCAACGGUGUAAAACUCAUCAAGUUCUGCAGUUUGACAAAGCAAUUUUUCUUCUCUGCAACCUGUCAUCAUCAUUUUAACAAACAAUGCACAAGGUUAACUGAGCUCUAGUGAAUAGGGAACUGUGUCACUUUUGUACUUUAACAGUCAUGAAGUCUGCAUGUUUCUGCCAAUGGAUGAAAAAAAUCAUGGUGUCGCUGUCAAACUGCUCUGUGCAUCAACUUUAAAAGGUACAAACAUGAAAUUUCUGCUGUUAAAAGAUGUCACAGUGCCUCGCAUGUACAAAAAAAUCUUUAUCAUCACCUUUUUCCUUUUUGCUCAUGUACAUUUAUAGUAGCAACCCUGUCUAACAAAAAUUCGAGCCACUCAGAUAAACAUCUGUACCAAUCACUUAUUUUACUAUAAGUGCAAGUGUGUAUCUUUCUCGUAGUCCAGUUUCACUAUUUGGAUGUUGAAUAUGCUGUCUUUCCUGUGUGAUACUGUAGAUAUUGUGAAAUAUAAAGCUAAAUACAUCUGCUUUCAUUGUU